ACGGAUUGAAGUGUAUAUAAAACGCAAACAUCGUUCUAGUUCAUAAACUAGUGUAAACUUAACCUAUCUAUAAAUAAAUAAAGCACGGACUAACAGUAUUUUUAACUGCACAAUUGCACGAUUAUCUUGGAUUAAGAAGAAUUAGAUCAAGUUAUUAUGGAGGCAUUUAAAACGGAAGGAGUGGUUCCGGAUGUGAUUGAUAACCUGCCUCCAGCUGUUCUGCAGUUGACAUGGGCUGAAACGUGUCUUUCCCCAGGUGGCCGGAUGUGGCCCCGGGACGUCCGCUCCCCGCCGUCUGUCAGUUAUGACGCCGAACCUGACUCUUACUACACGCUGAUUUGUAAUGAUCCGGAUGCGCCGUCACGAGCGGAUCCGAAGUUUGGGGAGUUCCACCACUGGCUGGUGACCAACGUUCCCGGAUGUAGGAUAGAAGAUGGAGAUGAGCGAACCGCAUAUAUUGGUUCCGGUGCGCCAAAAGGAACAGGUCUCCAUCGUUACGUGUUUCUGCUGUACAAACAACCAUCGGGAAAGAUAGACUUCUCCGACGUCGAUAAAAUUCCCAACAGUUCAGCCGAGGGUCGGCGCAAACACAGCGCUCGGAAGUUUGCUGCCAGUCAUAGCCUAGAGCUAGUGGCGGGAAACUUCUUCUUGGCGGAAUAUGACGAAAGUGUCCCCGACCUUCACCGACAGCUGGGGUUUACUAAGUGACAUUGACCUUGUCGGAAUGGUUGUUGCUUUGUUGAUAGAGAGAAAAUAAUGUUAUAAGUUA